GUCAUUCCCGGUCCAGUAUAAAGUGAACAUCGGUCGCCUGUCACUGCUUAUCUAUCUAGUCAAAUAUUUGUGAUUACAUUAAGUGAGUUGUUAGAAAGUGUUUUUAUUGUUUUCGGUGUUUCACUAGACGACUAUUAGUCACAAGUUACGAUGAACGCUGGGUACAACUGGAUGCCAUGGUCCUCCCAUCAGGGAAUUCCUCCAGCGGCGGUCUAUGCCGGAAAUGACCAGGAUGGAUCCCCGAUCUACAUCGGACGCGCCUUCCACGAUGGAGAUCAACUGCCGGCCAAAGUCAUUCCCAGCAAACAGGCGGCUUACGUGUCCCACAACGGCAUGGAGAUCUUCAAAUCGCACUUCGAGGUACUAAGCGGGACCGGAUUCACCUGGAUUCAUAGCAGCAAUGGUCAUGUGCCAAGUGGCGCCGUGUUGUGCGGAAAUACGGUAACUGGGGAGCCUCUGUACAUUGGCCGGACUCAUCACGAAGGCAGUUUGACGCCGGGAAAGAUCCAUCGAAGCCAUGGAUGCCUUUACAUUCCCUUCGGAGGAGCUGAGCAAAGUUUCCUCCAAUACGAAGUCCUCGUUGGACAGCAGAGAUCAACUUGGUCCCACUGCUCGGCUGGAGCCCCACUUCCUCCGGGUGCCAUUCUGGCCGGAAACGACAGUGACCAUUCACCGAUCUACGUAGGUCGGGCCUAUCACGAGGGCGAUCAACUGCCGGCCAAGGUAAUUCCGAGCAAGCAGAUCGCUUACGUCUCCUUCAAUGGGCAGGAAAUUCCCAAACAUUCUUUCGAGGUACUUUGCAACGGAAACGUAACCUGGGUUCCGUCCGGUUUCGGUACCGUUCCGCCGAAUGCCGUCUUCGGUGGCCGAACUUCCAGUGGCGAGACCCUCUACAUCGGUCGUACCCAUUACAUGGGAAGCUUAACUCCCGGAAAAGUCCAUCCCAGCCACCAGACUUUGUACAUUCCGUAUGGAGGUAGUGAGGUUUCAGUCAAAAACUACGAAGUAUUAAUCGAAAACUAACAUGUAUUCACACAUCAAAGACAGAGUUAUUUAAAACACAAUUUUCCUUUUUCAAAUUCAAUAAACCAGACCAUUAGAAGUUACAA